AGCUUCCACCGUCGCGUCCUGCCGCCCUCCGGGAUCGCCUUUGCGAGCACGCGCGGUCGGGAGCUCUUUGCCGAGGCUCUGGCUGCCGGCACGCUCCACUGCUUCUUCAAGCUGAUCGAGCAAUUCUGCACGCAGGCCGAGCCAGCCUACUGCGGUCUCGGCACGCUGGUGAUGGUGCUCAACGCGUUAGACAUCGACCCCGGCCGCACGUGGAAGGGCCCGUGGCGCUGGUUCCACGAGGGAAUGCUCGACUGCUGCGAGCCGCUCGAGGACAUCCGCAGGCGAGGCAUCACGUUUGACAAGCUCGCAUGCCUCGCUCGCUGCAACGGUGCGGCGGUCCGCUCGGUUUGCAGCGGGGACAACGCCGCCUGUUGCGGCGGCAGCAGCGGCAGGGUGCACCGCUUCCUCGUCGUCUCGUACUCUCGGCGCGAGUUUGGCCAGACCGGCGACGGCCACUUUUCUCCCGUGGGCGGCUACCACGCGGGGUCGGACUCUGUGCUGCUGCUCGACGUGGCCAGGUUCAAGUACCCGCCGCACUGGGUGGGGCUGCGCGCGCUGUGGCGCGCGCUGUGCCGGACGGACCCCGACACGGGCAAGACGAGAGGCUACCUGCUCCUCUCCGCGCGCAAGCCGGGUGCGCCC